AUGUCAUAUUCAGCUAUACCAGAUCAACCACCAAAUUAUCCACCAACAUCAGAAGAACAAAGACAAUUUGGUGAUAAUAUUCCAGAUGAUUUCAAAUAUUCAGUUGAUGUUGCGUCAUGUGAUUUACCAAUUAGACAAAUGUUUAUCAGAAAAGUUUAUCUGUUAUUGACUAUUCAACUAAUGGCUUCAGUUAUUGUUGGUUAUAUUGUUAGAUCAAAUGACAGUAUAAAAAUAUGGGCAAUUGAGAACCCUUGGUUCUUGAUUGUUGCAUUUAUUGGUAGUAUUGGAUUUAUGAUUGGUGCAUUCUUUAAAGCAAGAUCAUAUCCAGUUAAUUUAAUUCUACUUGGUGGAUUUACAUUAUUCGAAAGUUUUACUUUGGGGGUGGCAUGUGCUUUUGUGGAUAGUGGAGUUUUAAUAGAAGCUAUAAUGCUUACUUUAAUUAUUUUUAUUGGAUUAACUAUUUUUGCAUUUCAAACUAAAUAUGAUUUCAUAAGUUGGCAAGGGACUGUCGGAAUGAUUUUAUGGGGAUUGAUUGGUAUGGGUUUCAUUAUGAUUUUCUUCCCUGGUAGUACAUUUAUUGAUAAUGUCUAUUCAUUCAUUGGAGCUAUUGUAUUUAGUAUUUAUGUAAUUAUUGAUACACAAAAGUUGAUGAAAACUUGUCAUUUAGAUGAUGAAGUUAUUGCUACUAUUCAAUUAUAUUUAGAUGUUAUUAAUUUGUUUUUAUUUAUAUUGAGGUUAUUAAAUAAUAACAGAGAUGAUUAA